GGCCGCUCUGGGGCUUCCCGCUCCAUCUGCCUCGAUAGCGAGGCGGCCCUGAGGGAGCUGCGCAUGCGCGGCGCCUGCAGCCUCCUCUUCCCUCCGCCCGUGCCUUCACGCCCGCUUCUCUCCGUAGGCCUCCUCCGCGGCUGCAAUGGCCGCUCUGCGUGGGGAGCUGACCCAGGCUGUGGCCGGCGCGCGGCUGCUGGUGGUGGGAGCCGGCGGGAUCGGCUGCGAGCUCCUCAAGGACUUGGUCCUCACCGGCUUCGCCAACAUCGACGUGAUUGAUCUGGAUACCAUUGACGUCAGUAACCUCAAUAGGCAAUUCUUGUUUCAAAAGAAGCAUGUUGGAAGAUCAAAAGCUCAGGUUGCUAAGGAAAGUGUGUUACGGUUUCAUCCAGGAGCUAAUAUUAUAGCCUAUCAUGACAGCGUUAUGAACGCUGACUAUAAUGUGGAAUUUUUUCGCCAGUUUACCCUAGUUAUGAAUGCCUUGGAUAACAGAGCUGCCCGUAACCAUGUGAACAGGAUGUGCCUGGCUGCUGAUGUCCCCCUUAUAGAGAGUGGAACUGCAGGCUAUCUUGGUCAAGUAACUGUUAUUAAAAAGGGAGUGACAGAAUGUUACGAAUGUCAGCCUAAACCAACCCAGAAGACCUUUCCAGGCUGUACCAUACGCAACACACCUUCAGAACCAAUCCACUGCAUUGUGUGGGCAAAAUAUUUGUUCAAUCAGCUGUUUGGAGAAGAAGAUGCUGAUCAAGAAGUAUCUCCUGACAGAGCUGAUCCUGAAGCUGCUUGGGAGCCAGCAGAAGCAGAGGCCAGAGCAAGAGCAUCUAAUGAAGAUGGUGAUAUUAAACGUGUUUCAACUAAGGAAUGGGCUAAAUCAACAGGAUACGAUUCAGUUAAACUCUUCACUAAGCUUUUCAAAGAUGACGUCAGAUAUCUGCUAACAAUGGAUAAGCUCUGGAGGAAAAGGAAACCUCCAAUUCCUCUAGACUGGAAUGAAAUACAAAAUCAGGAGAAGAGCACAUCUGAUCAACAGAAUGAGCCUUCCUUGGGCCUAAAAGACCAACAAGUUCUAGAUGUCAGGAGCUAUGCCCACCUGUUUUCUAAGAGCAUAGAAACCCUGAGAGCUCAACUAGCAGAAAAAGGUGAUGGAGCUGAACUUAUAUGGGAUAAGGAUGACCCUUCUGCGAUGGACUUUGUCACUUCUGCUGCAAACCUCAGGAUGCAUAUCUUUAGUAUGAAUAUGAAGAGCAGAUUUGAUAUCAAAUCAAUGGCAGGAAACAUCAUCCCUGCAAUAGCUACUACUAAUGCUAUAAUAGCUGGUCUGAUAGUACUGGAGGGUUUAAAGAUUCUCUCAGGAAAAACAGAGCAGUGCAGAGCAAUCUUCCUUAAUAAACAGCCAAACCCAAGGAAGAAGCUACUUGUUCCCUGUGCUUUGGACCCUCCAAAUCCUAACUGCUAUGUGUGUGCAAGUAAGCCAGAGGUGACAGUGAAACUUAAUGUCCACAAAGUCACAGUUUUGACGUUGCAAGAUAAGAUAGUGAAAGAAAAAUUUAAUAUGGUAGCACCCGAUGUCCAGAUAGAAGAUGGAAAGGGGACUAUUCUCAUCUCUUCAGAAGAAGGAGAAACAGAAGCAAAUAACCACCGGUCGUUGUCAGAAUUUGGGAUCCGAAAUGGUUCUCGACUGCAAGCAGAUGACUUCCUACAGGACUAUACCCUGCUGAUCAAUGUGCUGCACAGUGAAGAGCUUGAGAAAGAUGUGGAGUUCGAAGUUGUUGGUGAUGAAGUUCUUGGUCCCAAAUCAUCAGAACAGCCUGCUGAGAAUAUCACCAAUGGAAGUGAUGAUGGAGCACAGCCAUCAACGUCCACAGCUCAAGAUGAAGAUGAUGAUGUACUGAUAGUUGAGACUGAAGAAGGUUCUUCAAACAGUGCCAAUAACACAGAAAGCAAGAGCCGCAAGAGGAAGCUAGAUGAGAAAGAACAUGCUGGCACAAAAAGGCUGCGCUCGGAGCCACCAGCUGAGGAGCAGGAUGAUGUGAUAGAGCUAGACUGAGUGCUAGAACAUUCCAACCAGUGGGAUGUGCCAAUAGGAUGAUUGUUGGGGUGUGCAAAAUGUCCACAACUGGGACUCUUGCUCCAAGAGAGAAACACUGCCUCUGGCUUGUAGUAUCUCUACCCAUUCUCGUUCAGUAGGAUUUAGAACUUCUCCAGUAAGAUAUAGUAGACAUCUAGUUCAUAAGCAUUAAGCAGGCAUGAAAACAAAGCAUGUCUAAUGUAUAUAACUUUUGAAGGAUGAAACGGUAUGGGAAGACAAGGCAACUCCAGUUUAGUGAAGACAUUUUAUCGCUUGAUAACUUCUGACAGGUUUUUAAUUCUGGCUAGUAAAUGACUAUUGACUGGCCUAACCUAAGUUCUUGUCAUUUUUCACACCCUCAAAAUAAAACCUUGCAAAGAUGUGUCGUGUUUCAAAUGUUCAACCGGCACAAUGUACAUUACUGUAAAACAAUAUUCAUUUGUCAGCUAGUACUCCCUGAUAUGUCAGUGUCAGAAACAAAUCUUGGUAUACUGUUACAGUUUCAGGUUAUUUAUAUGGGGUGUUUUGUAAAACUUAAGUGCUACUCUGCCAUUCAUCUGAUGGACCAAAUAAAUGAUUUGCUACAUCUGUUUGAAAGCCCACUUAUGUGCAAAGUGGAGGAUUUGUAAAGUGUAUGCAGCCUUCAUACUUAAAGCUGUACUAAUUUUGGUUUUUAGCAUCCUACAAUUAUAGUAUAGGACUUCUAAAAAUAUCCUUUGUUGGAUGAAAAGGGAGGGUUUUUUAAAUAAAACAUUUUAUCAUUUCA